AUGCUUAAUCCAGGAGUGGUUUCCAAUGUACAUGACCGUUACAUCCUUUUGCUGAAGCACUACCUAGAAGCCAAACAUGGCUUCUCAGGCGGUCGAGUUCAGCUAGCUUCAGUUCUCACCAAUCUUACAGAGUUGCAAUGCAUCACUGAAAACCACGGCUCUGUGUUGAUGCAGCUGGAGCCAAGCAAAGUGGAUCCACUUAUCUUGGAGGUUUUCAACUUCACGGUAAAGAGCUCGUUUAUGUCUAUUUCGCAUGCCCCUCAACAGAUGGCAGUAGCUCCAGCCGGUGUAUCGACACAGGGCUCAAGCUUUGAUUGA